UUCCAAACUGCUUGUCCAUCACAUUCGGAAAAAGUUCCUGAACCAUUUCACGGUAACUCCAAAAUGUCAUUUUUGACAACGAUACAGUCAGUUUUACGGAAAAAGGCAGUGUCACCAAAAAAGGCUAAUCGUGUCUCGCUACUUGAACCACCACUUUUGGCUCUUCCGCAAAGCCCAAAACAACAAGAGGAGUACUAUGUUCUCGAUGAAUCGCUUACAAACAUGUCAUUAGAUGACGACGAGCUCCCAGCGGACAAAACUUUUUUCGAGAACGAAACAUUCGAAAUGUUUACAUCAGACACAAAUUUCCGACAAGGAAAAAACGGAAGUAGCAGAAAAAGGCCACUCAGAAAGAUGGAGAACAACGAUGAGUGUACAAAAGCGCCCAUUUCUUCGAUUCCCGUCCGUCUCUUCCAAGACGAAGCAGAAACCAUCUACUCACCUCCAGCCAAAAGAGCACCAAUUCUAAGAAAAAUCAGAUCCAAACUGUCUAUGCCACAUUUCCGCCCUCCAAGAAUUCCGCUGCUGAUGGAAGACGAUGAGAAUCCAUAUGUCACAUUCAAAAGCAAAAGCGGCUGCAGUAAAACUAAGAAGCCCGUCCUUAGCGAGAUGUCAAGACUUUGAUCGAAUAGCUUAUUUUAUAUCAAGAGAUUAUUAUGCAGAUAUUUAUGAGGCUUAAUUAUAGUUAUUUCUCCAUAUAAAGAGACCUAAGGACAUAAAUAAAUAUGUCACAACUGU